AUGAAUCUGGGUAGUGGCUGGUGGCGGUGAAAUACCUGUGGAGUCUUGUGUUUCAAACAAGGCUCCCAGUGGAGUUCAAUACAGUGUUACCUGCAAAUCUUGGGCUUUCUUUCUUAGUCUUCAAACAGUGAAUUAUUUAGCUGAGCCUUUAGUGAAGGCAAAUCAUUAUUUUUGGUUUGGGAGUCACUACUACAGAGGGACCAAAAUACAGGGUACCAAGCCAAAACACGUGUGAUGAAACAUGUGCCCUAUGUUUAAACAUUUAAGUUCAGUGUUAUAACCUAGAAUGGGUUGGUUCUCCUUGCUACAAUAAUAGUACACAGUAUUGCUGUUGCUAGAGAGGAAGACUUGGGAAGGACCUGCCUCCUUACACAAAUGCUAAAGUAGGAUAAUGUGUCCUACUACAACUGGAAAAUUUCAGCUGUCAGAUGAGCUGGUGGAGAAGGAAGUUUUUGAAACUGGGGGGCCUUGAGGCUUUGUUCAGGGUUAAGGCUGAACUGAUAUUGGGCCUAGAUGGGCCUACCUGUAGUUAGCUCUGUCCUGUUCUUACACUGUGAGAAUUCUCUGCUAGCGUGUGGAAGCCAGUGUCCUUGGAGACCCCGAAGUGUGUUGUGCCUCCUUCAGUGCGAUCCAUGUGAGACGAAAGCUGCUCUUGGCUAGUUCAUUUGUGGAAAUAGUCCUGUAUUUCGAGGUAACUUUUUUGCUCAUGUCUGCAUCUUCCCUCCCACAGAGCUCCAUUCUUGUGGCUACAGCAAACCACUGAUUCUUAUUUCUUUGACAAACGUACUGGGCAAGUUUGGGGUCUCCUCAGACCCCACAAGAACUUGGACUGAAUCUGCUCCUUUUUUUAUCUGGGGUGGGAGGGCCUAUCUGGCUGUUGCGACUUGAGAUUUGCUUUCAAAAACUUAGAGGGAAGGUAGUUGGCCAAACAGUACUUUGAUUCAUCCAGCUGCAUUUGCUGUUUUGUCCAAUAUCUUGUAAUUGUGCCUUGUGCUGACCUUGGACUUGUUAAUUGGGAAGACUUCCGAUUGCAACAUUGUUUGGGUGUGGGAGGCUUCUAUUUCCAUGUAAAACUUUCCAAUUCUUAGUGCAUAUGGUGGCUUUUGGACAAGAAUCUAAAAGUGGGAGAAAAAUCUGAACUUAAUAACUUGGGGAAUCUCCCAAGGGCUAGGUGAACAGCAUCACCUAGGCUUGGAAUAUCCUGUUAGACAUGUAUAAUCUGAAUACAAUGAGAAUUUGAAUGUACUUGUGUUAAGUGACACUGCCUUGUUUUUGACAGGUUAGAAGAGAUGAUGGUGGCUAUUCUAGCCUGAAAAAGUGUUGGCCACACUAUCUUGAAAGAAGUGAUGGAAUGGAACAGGGACUACUCUUUGGAUCCUGAACUUGAGCUACGAAGUAAACAGUUUCUCCCACUUCAAAGUAAAUACACAUUUUUCUUAGAGAAAAACCUUUGCUUUCAUAUUCAGUAGUUUAAGCAUGGCUAUGUGUUGCUGUGCCAUUAAACUGUGGCUAUGGUACAAAUCGUUUUUGGCUAUGCAAAAGUAAAUAGAUCAAACUUCCAUUGGAGAGGGUCAGAAGCAUGUUACUAGUGAAUUGGUACUUCAUUAGUCACACACAGUACAACUAUAUUGCUUAGUGUUCUGCUUGUGCAAGAAGUGAUGGCAGCGAAUAGCUAUGGUCACUUGUUUCUUGCAGCACUUGAUGAAAGUAGCACGGCCCAUACCUUGUGCAUGAUAAACUUGUGACAAACGUACUGAUUUGGAUGCCACAGAAGUAACCAUUUAAAUUUUCUAACUUUAAUCAGUUAGUUUAUUUCUUCAAAACCAGGAACUUCAUGCCUCAAUGCUUAUAUACGACUGUUUCAUAUCUAGGGUGCCCUUCUAUAAUGACUGACCAAUUCUUUUCUCGCAGGGUCCCUAUAGCUACUGGGUAUUAAGUGGACAAGAGGAAGAUGCCUCUUGCAGAGACUUGUUCAGCUAUUCAGACAGGUUUGUUUGUUUGUUUGUUUGUUUGUUUGUUUUUUAAAACCCAUUAAAUUAGAUGUAUCUGAAGGGAGCAGGAGCAGUAAGCUCAAUUGGUUUGAGUUUAGGUUGGAUUUAUGUUAAAAGGCCUUGGCACAAACUCCUAUAAGAGUAUUAACUGAUUAAAUCGGUGAGUUCUGUGUGCUAAUUUGUCUUCUUGCAUUCCGUAUUAGGUUAAAUGUCAUUACUGGAAUGAACCUAUCAGCUGGCAGCAGUGGAGCAAGUAGAUUACUACGGGCUGUGCAUUCAAUACUGUUGGAAUAUAGGUGCUUAUGA